GUUAUUAUUUUAAAUUGUGUAAUACUAGAAAUAUGUCCUCUGAUUGGUUGAAAAUGUAAUUAUCAUUUGCAAUCAGCUUUGGCUUGUUUCAAUUCGACGCGUGAUUGGUCAAUUUCUCUAAGAAAGUUGUAGGAAAUGAUCUAAAGUAAUUGACAGAGGUGAAGUAUCUCCAGUUAAGUGUAUUUUCUUUCCUGUCCUCAUGAAAGUUUGACAAGGUGGAAUUACUUUCUUUAAUUUCAAGUUCUGCUCUAGUGAAUGUCUGAUACUAUGACAUGGUAGCAAAGGCCACGGGGUUGCCCCACCGCCCGCUUCGCCGUCGUAAGCAAAGGGCAGUGAUGGUUUCUAGGUAAAAAAACCUGACUUGCGAGGUUGGUUCCGUCGUCCCUGACAUCAUCCAUGAUUCCUCCUCCACUAUUGCGUAAUUGCUUCUCGGGCUAUUGUGCCCAAAAAUUUUGGGCCGCCUGUGACCCUGUUCUUUUUAACAGGUCGAUAACUAAAUCAAACGAUACAAAAGGGGGAAAAAUAAAAUUAUUUAAAAAGUUUGCUCUUUUUUAUCUUAAGUAAAAGAGAUGUGACUGUCUAAAUAUGUGAAGAUACGCUGUGGUGUGCAAUUUAUAGAAGGACAAAAUCUACAUUAUUUUUGUGUAAUACGAGAACAGUCAAAACACGUAUCGACGAGUGAAAAUUAAUCAAAGUGAUAUUGCCUAGAUUGUCAUCGAGUUCCUGUGUAUUCAAGACAAAUUUUGAAAGCAACAUGACUGCAAAUGGUAUAAGUCUGGACAAAUUUCUUAGCCAAGUCACGACCAAUGUUGUUAGAACUGCAAUUGAGAAGAUUGCUGACCAGACCUUGGAGAUAAUGUAUGAUGAAGAGUCACUCUUGGAAUGUUUGAAUGAGGAGUCUUUCAAAGAUUCAGUUAUAGAAACAAGUUCUAUCCACUAUCAUGAUUUGCCAGAAAUUGCAUCUGAUGAAAUUACAAGUGUCUAUUUACAAGAGAGAUGUUCUAAACUUGUUGAAGUUACAUUAAAUGAUGUUUAUGAUGAAUUACAGCAAAUAUUUGACUUGGAGGGCCAGGAAAUGAUAAAGGAUAAUGGAGUAUCACAAAAGAAAAUACAUUCACUUGAUUGUAUUAAAAAUUCUGAUGGUGUCUCUAAUUAUUUUCAAGAUUUAUCUCUUAGCAUAAUAAGAAAUGCCUAUGAGAAGUGUGGGAUGGCAGAUGGUAAACACUUGCAGAAUGAUCCUUUUUUGGUUUGUGAUAUGGAAAAUGAUAUUGAAAAUAUAGGCAUUGACACUCAACAAGGAAAUGAUCAGUCAAUUGUUGAGCAAAGUAUUAGUAACAGUAUUGACAAGUGCAAUUUACCUGAUGGAAGAGGUACUGCAGAUGAAAAUUAUUUAGAAACAGUAGUUGGAAAAAAGGAUUCGAAUAGCACAGAAAGUUUCUCAGGUUUCACUACAGCUAAUUCAACAAUGUACAAGUCAAGCAAUAGUUUCUUAAUGACAAAUAAUGAAACCCAAGAAAAUGGCACCACAACAAUCGAUUCGGAAAUGUUUACAACAGCUGAUGAUUUUCAAGAACAGUCAAAUGAAAGUUCUGGUCUACAUUUUGAUAAAGAAUUUUUGCAGGAGACUACAGUAAUGCAAAGUACUCCAGAAAGAUUUGUAGACACCACAAUAACCCCAGGCCCUCGUCAGAGUACACCAGUUGCUAAUGACAUGUCUCAUGAUCUUGACAUAAGCUUACCAACAACAGAAACAUCUAACAUCAUCCCUGAAGAUUUAAAAUAUGGUAGCAAUAGUGGUGCUGGUCAGCAAAAACCACUUCAAGAUCAGUCCAUGGAACAUGAUACAAACCUACCUAAAGAUGGACAUCAUAUUGCAGAAUAUGUGAGAACAUUGCAAGAAAUAUCUGGUGAUGAGUCUUCUCUUGGGGAUCCAUCCAGUCCUAGAACACUAUCACGGCAAUCAAGUGCAUUUGGAAAUGUAACCUUAGAAUUUGACACUGAUUGGGAGGCCAGUAUGAAAGGUUUGCAAGAUGAGACCAGGAUGAAAUCAAAACCUGAAGAGAAACACAAGGUUAUCCUGCAUGAGUUAUCCUUUGAAGACCAUCAUCGUUUGAAAGCCCCAGAGUUAUUAUGUCCUGUGUUCUUGGCCGUUCAAGAUGACAGUGACAAUGAAUCAGGAGAUGAAAGAACAAAGAGAAAUCAAAGGAUGUCCCAGAGUAUUGAUGAUCUUUGUGAAAUGAUUUCUGAAGAUAGUGAUGAUGAUGAUCAAGAUUUAGGCCCUCUAAGACGUCGGGCAAUGUCACUGGAAUGUAAAAAGCCUUCUGCUAAAGAACAACGAAAGAAAGCUCCAACCAGGGAAGAACUUAUGGCAGCAUUUGAAGAACUUCAACAUGAAAUCAUGGAGGAGAAGGACUCUGAACAUGAAAUUGUAGAAAGAGAAGGUGUAAAUGAGGAGGAUGAGGGACACAAUGAGACACAAAGAGGAGAAAUAAUGGAUAUUCAGGAAUAUAAUGGAUUGAAUGAUCCAUUAAGAUGGCAAACUGUCGUUUUUAAUGGCCAACACAAAGUCAUUGACUUGAAAUUACUCGAACCUUUUCUCAAGGUGUUAACACAUGGAGGGUAUCAUCAUGAAGGAGACAAAAAGACUGUCAUUGUUGUACUAACUGCUUGUAAUUUACCAAAUAAGAAGAUGAAAAGAUAUGCAUUUUUGAUGGAACAACUUUUCUUCUUUAUAAUCAGUACUAUGGAUUUACUGGUAACAUCAGAAGAUUAUAUCUUUGUCUAUUUUCAUGGAGGAACAAGCAAGAAUCAAUCGCCAAGUUUUUCAUGGUUAAAGAAAUAUUACCAGUAUAUUGACCACAGAUUACGAAAGAGCGUCACCAAAGUAUUCGUAGUCCAUCCUAAUCUUUGGCUGAAAAGUGUCUUCAGACUUUGUCGUCCAUUUUUAAGCUCUAAUUUUGCGAGAAAAUUAAAAUUUGUGAACAAUUUAAAAGAACUGUCAAGUUACAUCAAAACGGAUUUUAUUUUCAUUCCUGACGAAGUUAUAAGGGUUGAUCCAAAUUACAGGAAACAACACGACAGUUAAAAAUAUUUAAUCCAACCGCUUUUAAUAUUUAAUAAAGCUUUAGGAAAUGAUUUUAUUAGUAGAACAGUGACGCGAUAAUUAUGUAUAACUUUUUCUGAUUAAAGUUUUAUUGCAUGGAAAAAAAAUAUUGAAUAUUAAUCUAAUGACUUUACCUAAUAUAUUCUGCUAUGAAUCAGUUGUGUAUGUCUGUUUUCCACUUCAACCGUAUUGAGGCGACACGUAGCAUAUAUCAUUUCUCACGGUUCCCUACGAUUGAAGUGGAGAACAGGCCUAACUGUUUAACUUUUAAUAAUAUAUACAUUUCAUUUCCUUUGGAUAAUUUUCUUUACAACUUAAUAUAUCUUAAUCAAUAGAGUCAGUUUACAAUAACAAGCACGUAUGAUUUAUCGAGUGGAAAGUAAAAUAUCAAAAUGAUCAUUAUGAAAUAUUACUUCGUGGAACAAACUUCUAAAAUUUAAAAGUAAAAGCACUAUGAAUGAGACAACAUUGACAGGAAACAUUACCGAACAUAUUAUGAAAUGUGAAAUGUUUGGUGAGAAAGGAAAUAAAAUACCUCGACAAUAUUCUACUAACUUCAUAGUUAAUAAUGCGCUGAACGUUAUUGUCAAUAUAAUUUUGGCAGUUUUAAGUGUAGAUCUAAACUUCGUCGCUUUUGUUACGAUCUGGAAAUCAAGGAAACUUUAUGAAAA